AUGUCUUUUUAUUCCAAGCAGGAGAAUAAUAUGGAUUCAGAGCUCAAGGAUUAUUAUAACAAGACACUUGCUGCAGAGAACAAUACUGCUGCCACUCGGAAUUCUGAUUUCCCGGUCUGGGAUGACUAUAGAAGCAGUGUCGAUGACUUGCAGUAUUUUCUGAUUGGACUCUAUACAUUUGUAAGUCUUCUUGGUUUUAUGGGGAAUCUCCUUAUUUUAAUGGCUCUCAUGAGGAAGCGAAGUCAGAAGACCACAGUCAACUUCCUCAUCGGGCAUCUGGCCUUCUCCGACAUCUUGGUUGUGCUGUUUUGCUCACCUUUCACGCUGACUUCCGUCUUGCUGGAUCAGUGGAUGUUUGGCCGGGUCAUGUGUCAUAUUAUGCCUUUCCUUCAAUGUGUGACAGUUCUGGUUUCCACUUUAAUUUUAAUAUCAAUCGCCAUCGUCAGGUAUCAUAUGAUAAAACAUCCUGUAUCUAAUCAUUUAACAGCAAACCAUGGCUAUUUCCUGAUCGCUACUGUCUGGACUCUAGGCUUUGCGAUGUGUUCUCCCCUCCCAGUGUUUCACAGCCUCGUGGAACUUCAGGAGACGUUUGGCUCAGCGUUGCUCAGCAGCAGGUAUUUAUGUGUCGAGUCAUGGCCGUCCGAUGCAUACCGAAUUGCUUUCACUAUCUCUUUAUUGCUCGUUCAGUAUAUUCUGCCCUUAGUUUGUCUAACUGUAAGUCAUACCAGUGUCUGCAGGAGUAUAAGCUGUGGAUUGUCCAGCCAAGAAAACCAACUCGAAGAAAAUGAGAUGAUCAACUUAACUCUCCAUCCUUCCAAAAGGAGUGGGCCUCAGGUGAGGAGCUCCAGCAGCCGGAAAUGGAGCUAUUCAUUCAUCAGGAAGCACAGAAGGAGGUACAGCAAGAAGACGGCAUGCGUGCUGCCUGCUCCAGCGAGACCUCCUCCAGAGAACCGCUCAAGAAGGCUUCCAGAACACUCGGGCUCUGGGAAAAGUCAGCCCCCUUCGUCCCGUAAGUUUAUACCAGGGGUCCCCACUUGCUUUGAGGUGAAACCGGAAGAAAACUCAGAUGUUCAUGAGAUGAGAGUAAACUGUUCGAUCAUGAGAUUAAAAAAAAGAUCUCGGAGUGUGUUCUACAGACUGACCAUCUUGAUACUAGUGUUUGCUGUGAGCUGGAUGCCCCUGCACCUCUUCCACGUGGUGACCGACUUUAACGACAGCCUGAUCUCAAACAGGCAUUUCAAGUUGGUGUAUUGCAUCUGUCACUUGCUAGGCAUGAUGUCUUGCUGUCUUAAUCCAAUUCUAUAUGGAUUUCUUAACAAUGGGAUCAAAGCUGACUUAAGGUCCCUUAUACGCUGUCUUCAUAUGGCAUAAUUCUCA